GUACUAUUAGAGCACGUGGUAGCUACAUGUACAUAGGUACCACAUAUAAGAUACCUGUGCAUGUAUCAGCAUUCUCCACAGAGAGGGGCAUCCUCUUAUCGUAAAUUUUAUAUCGCAAUACAGCUGCAACAGUAGCAACAAGACCUAUUAUACAUAAAUACCACAGAACCUAAUAUUGACUUAAAGGUGUUUUGAAACGGCUUGAGAGGAAAGAAAAUAAUAAUAAUAAAUACUUCACCGCUAAAAACUGGACCGAGACAAUGUCUGAUCUCCCUGAAUCUUUCGACCGGCCUGUCCAUAUCGCCGUCAUAGGCGGGACGGGACUCUACAAGAUCGACGGCUACACGCCCAUCGCCCGUGUUAACCCAUUAACGCCUUGGGGGUAUCCAUCCGCGCCCAUCCUGAUCCUCGAACAUGGCGGCGUGCUUGUCGCGUUCCUAGCCCGUCAUGGUGUUCACCACCAAUACGCGCCUCAUGAGAUUCCUUCCCGGGCCAACAUCGCAGCUCUGCGACGAAUUGGGGUGCGCAGCGUUGUUGCCUUCUCUGCUGUAGGUUCCCUGCGCGAGGAGAUCAAGCCUAUGGACUUCGUUGUGCCGGACCAGGUUAUCGACCGCACUAAGGGCGUUCGUCCUUCUACCUUCUUCGAGGAUGGGCUUGUCGGCCACGUCCCCUUCGGCGACCCCUACGACGACAAGAUUGCUCAGAUCGUACGCCAAUGCGCAAAGUCUAUGCACGGUGAUGGUGUAGUAUUGCAUGGCAGUGGAACUGCCAUCUGUAUGGAGGGCCCACAGUUCUCGACACGCGCCGAAUCGAAUCUGUACCGCUCCUGGGGGGGUUCGGUGAUUAGCAUGUCACUGCUACCGGAAGCUAAGUUGGCGAGAGAGGCAGAGAUGGCGCUCCAGGUCAUCUGCAUGGCUACUGAUUACGAUUGCUGGCACACUACCGAAGAUGUUGACGUAUCCAUGGUUAUGCACUAUAUGGAAACCAACAGCAAAAAUGCGCGGCGGCUGGUUGGUGCCGUGUUAGACGAGCUGUGCAAACACGAGAAUAGCGAGUUGGUUACCGCCAAGCAUUGGGAGGGUGCCAGUAAGAGUGCUGUGAUGUUUUGCACUAAACCCGAGGGCCGGAAUCCCGAGGCGUUGAAGAAGGUCCAGUACCUAUUCCCGGGCUUCUUGGAAGAGUGAUAGCCUCUCAAAACACUAUAAGGAGCACAGAGGGGUGGUAAGAUACCUAGACAUAGAUUAUUCUCAUAGAUCACUCGACAUAGAUAGAUAUAGCGGCGCCGGUACUUUCAUUGCGGUCGUAUCGUAAGGUGCCUAGUUUUGUCGAGGUCAAUACCUCAAUACCAUGUAGAGUUAAAUUGGUGUAAAAAGAAUCCGCCACAGCUCCUCAAUGGAGACAUACAAGGUCAAGUUUUAGUUAUUACCUUAUGUGAGGUGUGUUACAUGAAGUACAUGACGUUGCCAACAUAUAUAGGUAUGGAUAAAAUUAUAUGAGC